CUUCGAAAAUGUUCUUCAAACUUGUGUACCCGGCUGCGUUGUCGGAGCCAGUCGCGACGAGGGACUCUAAUGUUUACUUGCUCAAAACGCUGCAUAUUUCCGGCUUAAAUUUUUACAAUGAUUUUGGAAUUGGUCAGAAGAUAUGGCGAGUGAUCUCCUUCAGCUACAACAUUUUUUACCUGCCGCUCAGCUUUCCGGUUAACUACAAGAUACACUUUUCCCAGUUUCCGCCCGAUCUGCUGCUGCAGUCGCUUCAACUAUGCCUCAACACCUGGUGCUUUUCGACCAAGUUCGUCACCCUGGCCAUCUUUACGGAGCGCUUGGAAAUGGCAAACAAAUGCUUCGAUGAGUUGGACGUGUACUGUGUCACCCCGGAUGAGAAGCGCAGGGUCCGCGCUGCAGUGGCCACCAUCAACAAACUGUACCUGAUCUUUGGGGUUGUCUACUUUCUGUAUGCCACCUCCACGCUUGUGGAUGGACUUUUCCACGACCGCGUCCCGUAUAACACCUACUAUCCGUUCAUUGACUGGCGUCUAGACAGACGACAGUUGUACAUACAGAGUUUUGUAGAGUACUUCACCGUGGGCUACGCCAUAUUCGUGGCCACAGCCACGGACUCGUAUCCUGUGGUCUACAUAGCGGCUUUGCGAACUCACAUUCUGAUGUUGAAGGACCGCAUCGUUCGCCUGGGCGAGACCAGCAACGAGGGCACUGCUGAUCCAGAUAGCAUCUUUAAAUCGCUGGUCGAGUGUAUCAAGGCACACAGGACGAUGCUGAACUUCUGCGACACCAUUCGACCCAUCAUCUCGGGCACUAUAUUUGCCCAGUUUAUCAUCUGCGGUUCCAUUCUGGGCAUUGUCAUGAUAAACAUGGUGCUGUUCGCUGAUCAAUCAACACGUUUUGGCAUCGUUACCUAUGUGAUGGCAGUGUUGCUGCAGACCUUUCCGCUCUGCUUCUACUGCAACGCCAUCGUGGACGACUGCAAUGAUCUCGCCGAUGCACUGUUCCACUCGGGCUGGUGGAUGCAGGACAGGCGCUACCGAAGCACGGCCCUUCAGUUUCUGCAGAAGCUGCAGCAGCCCAUAACGUUCACGGCCAUGAACAUAUUCACAAUCAAUCUGGCCACCAACAUUAAUGUGGCCAAGUUUGCCUUCACCGUGUACGCCAUAGCGAGUGGAAUGAAUCUGGAUCAGAAGCUGCAGCUGCAGGACGCUGGUGUCGCCUCUCCGUGAACGCAGCUCAAAGGUAAACAAUGGUUUUCA